UCAGCCCUUUUUCUAUUACUUUCUAGCUCUAAAUCAAACUAAAAAUGGCAGCUGAUUCGUGCAGUAUCUCAAAAGACAAAGUCUGGGUUGACAAAUCAUCCUAUGACAAAGCUGAAUGCCUGUAUCAAGAGAAACUAGGAAAGGAUGUACUACCUCAGAAACCUUUGACAGGGGAUGAUUCACCUCUUGGUGUCACCAACUCUACCAAAAAAUCCAAAAAAUCUACCAAUAAACAAAACAGUAUUACGACAAGUAAUAAUGACUCCAAUAACUCCGAAACAAUCAAAAGUAGUAAAAAGAAAAAUAAGAAGAAGGAGGCUAAAGUUGCCGAACCGCUUCUUGAUACCGUCGCGAUUAAAAUCGAAGAGUCAGAAAUAUCGCAGGGAAGCGUUAAUGAAACGCCUACCACUAGUAAUAAGAAGCUGAAGGCCAAAGAGGCUAAAGAGGAAAAAAAUAAAGCUGAUAAAAAACAGAAAAAUUCAGAUCAGGAUAAGCCUGCGAUUGUUAUUCAAGAGAAUAAAGGUCAAGAGACCAACCAGGGAGGCCAGUUUUCUGCAGGAAGCUUAGCCAGUGAGGUUGCCAAGGCUCGUGCUCACAUCAAACAGUCCCUGCAGUGUAUGGAUGGUAUUGCUGCACUAGCUGGACUUGAUAGUGAUUUCUCAACGCGGGUUGUUACUAUCGAAAAGCAAAACCAGGAUCUCAGAAACA